UCUUCGCAAGUGUUCUUCCCUUUUCUUCCAAUUCUGCCAACGCCGAGUCCUAUGGCUCGACACCUUUUUCCACAUUCCAGAAUCCAUCGGCUCGUGUAGAGAUGGUGAAGCUUUUCUGUUCUAUUGUUGGUGUGGCGGGAAGCGCGUUCUCCGUGGAAGUAGACGAAGGCAAAACUGUGGAUGACUUGAAGGAAGCGAUCAAGGCGAAGAAGGCCAACGACUUCAAAGAGGUUGAUGCAGACAAGCUGCAGCUCUUCCUGGCAAAGAAGGACGAGGGUCGCGGUCCGUGGCUGACUGAAGAAGAAGUGAAAAAGGAUGUGAUUGAUACGACUGGUCUGAAGCUGCUGGGAGCGGCACGAGCAAGGCUACGACGUGUGGGGUUGUCGGAUGUGGAUGUCGGUGGAGUGGAUGAAGACGAAGAAGUAGAAGGGAGGGGUCCUGUGAACGUGCUGGUGGUGGUUCCGGAGCAAGACGGUACUAUCUCAAAAGAGAUGUUUGCAGCGACAACGCCACUGACUCUAGAGCAAGUGGAGAUGUCAAUGAAUAAGGUCCUCAGGGAACGAGAUGAGAAGGCGUCUGCGUAUUCGUUUUCUGAUCUGAAUACUGCGAUGGAAGAGCAAAUUGUCAAGAAGAUGCGCUUGACCGAAAAUAUUCCUGAUGUCAAGGAGCCUGUCGAUACUUCCAUCGCCGGUUAUUCGUGGAUUCCAAAAAUCGUGGAGAGCGAGGAAAGUCAAAGGGCUGGGUACAUGGCGUACUUGCAGCAGCAUUUGAAGACGCUGAUGGAUCGAGGAGACUUCUUGUUGGAUGACAUUGCGGGCGAUAAAUCAGUUCUUAACAUCGUGGACCCAAGACUUCCGUUUGCUAUGAAAGGCACAGCUGAUGUAUUGCUCAUCAAUCGAACAUCGAAGAACCCACUGAUUAAGCUGGCUGGGGUCAGCUUGGUGAUCGAGCUCAAGAAGAAAGUCGAACCGGGCCAUGUUCCUCAAGCAAUUGGUCAACUUGUGCUCUGCAGCAUGAAGGCGCCUCUCAAUUGCUAUCCGCUGAGUUUGUUGACGGAUUUAAACGACCACUGGCAUUUCUCUUGGUUCAGCGACAAGCACGUUCUGACCCAACUUACGUUGAAGUAUCCGAAGAACGCGUUCCGAUUUAUCGAGGCAGCUGUACUGGGACGAACGGAGUCUGCCCCACCUCCUCCGUCAUUCAUGCCUGGAUCUUUCAAGAUAAUCAAGGUUGAUGACUUCUUGCCCCAGCCGGUUGAUGCUCGUGCAGAGGAGAUGAUGAAACGAUACGAGUUGAUGGCAGAUGUGGUGGAACCAGAGUUUCUCAUGGCGAGGCGGAUGGAUUACGCGCGACAGUUAGUCCAGUCGAUGCCUAUGUACUCUUACAUGUAUACGUAG